UCUUACUCUGUCAUUUUUGUAUACAAACCUACCAUGAGUGAAAUACUUUUGCUUCUUAUCCACGGAUCUUCGGCUACAUCAUGUACAAGUGCACUCUGCCUUUGUUCGGAUAUCUUUUUAAAUAUUAACAAGUUGUCAUGUCAUCCCUGACUGGAAGAGGAGAGAGAUUUCCUGGAGCACACUGGAGCUCAGAAGUGCAGCAUCACUGUGAUCCCGACUGCUUUUCUGCAAGCAUUAAACCCCAGGAGCGUCCUCCUCCUGAGGGGGCCGGGAGGUCCAGAGGAGACCGGAAUAUGUGCCAGAGAUCGGACGCUGUCCCGUCUUACAAGUCCCUGACUGGAAGCUUCGGAGACCGCAUCAGGAGUACCAUGUCCUCCGCGAGUGGGACCCUAUGCAGAGGCACUAUGUCCGCGUAUCCCGGCUUUGGGAGGUCCGAUAGGAAAGUUGCGUGCUGUGAGAAGUGCUCCGCGACCCUUGUUGCUCUGAAGAAGCAGGCGCUGAGCCUGGCUGUGCACCAUCACUUCUCCAGCAAGGACUCCAGUGACCUGUCCACGUUUCUUCACGACAACCUUCACGUCCAGAGUCGUUCCUUCAAUGAGCCAUGGGGCAGAGAGAGGGAGCAGGGCGAGUGUGGGUCCUGCGGUGUGAACCUGAACCAGCUCAAACAGGAGGCGGUCCACUUGGCUCUGAACAGGGGUCAGUCAUUGGCUAAGCCUCCCUUUGAACCCAGCUUUAGCACAGGCUCAUUGCUGGGACUAAGUGAUACAACAAAGCAUGGAGACGCUGUGCAUCAACCACACAGCCGCCCCCACAGCCCCAGGAGCCCCAGGAGCCCCAGGACACCUCAGAGGACCCCUCAAACCCUCAGACGGAGGGGGCCCAAGCCGCCCAACCCCGAAAUGGGCCGCUGGGUGGAGGAGCAGCAGCAGCUGGUUGCCUCUAAAUCUGCGUCCAGCGCUGAUGGUGUCACCAUGUACUCUCAUCAUAAGCAGGCUGCAGAUGAUGCUGCACUGGGCUGUGGUGCCGGGACUGUACAGACUAACUCAAAGAUAUCCAGAGUGGUGACCAUCGCCAACACUGCUGCUAUGUCCCUUUUAGCCAGGGCUGCUGAGAAGCUCAAUCUGACAACAAGGAAAAAAGGCCAGGCUUCUGAUCAAGCUCCCGCUCAUUUUUCCACCUGCUUCAUGGAGAUAAUCCAGAAAAACCCUCCGCCCAUCCCCUCCUGCCUGCUCCAAGCUGCCACUAGGACCAAAGACUCACCCGGUGUUGGCAAGGUCAAAGUUGUGCUGAGGGUGAGCCCAACGCUGUCAGAGAGCCAAGGCCGACCACCUGUUCUCUGGAUUGACCCGUCCAAAAAAAGAGUCGCCAUAAUGGAACCAGUGAGCAAAAGCCAGCUACACGUUUCAAUGACACUUGGCAGAGAUGGCAACAAUCUUCUGAAGACCUUCAACUUUGAGGCAGCAUAUCCUCAAGAGUCAAGCCAGGCCGAGGUCUGUGCGGGCGCCUUGGCUGAUGUCAUCCGCUGUGUGCUCAGCGGCAGCGAUGGAUGUGUUCUGGGUUUGGGAUGUGCUGAUGUGGGUUCCUGGUCCAGCAUGGUGGGGAAUGGUGAGAGCAUUGAGAAGCUUGGGGUUAUUCCCUGUGCCAUCUCCUGGCUCUACAGCGCCAUAGAGCGGCGUAGGGAGAAGACCUGGACCGACCUGACUGUAUCUGUGUCUGCUAUUGAGCUCUGCUGCGGAGAGGAGGACACACUAAGGGAUCUGCUAGGGGAGGUCGUCCCCUCACAAGGCAGUGUCCACAACAGCCCAAAAGCCCAUGUUAAACUCCAAGAGGACCCUGUCUAUGGGAUCCAGCUUCGUAACCACAACCGGGUGAAGGCCCCCACUGCUGAGCGGGCUGCUUCCCUCCUGGAUGCUGCCAUUGCAGCACGUCGCCACAAUGACUUCAUAACGUACCUGUCCCACAGCUCCAUAAUGUUCUUCACUCUCCACAUCCAUCCCCCACGUACAGAAAGCAGCACCAUUGGCAAAGGUUCUCGUGGCCCCACUAAGUUGACCAUGAUAGAUGUGUGUAGUGGCAUAAGGGGCAUGAGCAAGAAUAAACCUCCAUAUUCGGAACUUGGCCCUAUUGUCUUGUCUCUACUAAGUGGACAUAAAACCAACCCCAGCAAGGCCACUAAGUUGACUAUGCUCCUUCAAGAGGCAUUGGGCCGUGUAAAUUGCCACACCACAGUGAUCGCUCAGGUGGAUGAUUCACUGGCACACCUUCAAGAGACCCUGUCCACAAUUCAGCUGGCUUCUCGCAUCCGCAAGACGCAAAAGAGAACGAAGCAGUCCACUUCUUGUUCUCCUAGCGGGAGGAGUUUGACUAAAGAAAAGAGAGGCACUACGUCUUUGUCCCUGCGGGCGUUCCAUUCCACCGAAGAGGUAGAUGUGGACUCCCCUCCUUUCCGUUUGCGUGGUGAUCUGGACGAGCUCUCCAGUAGUGACCAGUCCUGCGACACAGUCAUCCAAAUAGACUCAGAGGGCUUGGUCCAUUCCAGAGCACCCUUAAGACUGGCACAACCUGAGUUUGUGCCCAUCAUACCCUCUUUGCAUCCUAACAAGGCUGACAUGGAUGAUCCAGAGUUCACUGCUCUGCUCCAGGAACUUCUGAGAAUUCCUCAGCUGCAAGGAGAGAAGAAGAAUGAGGAAACUGUUCAAGUGGGUAUUGAGGUGAAGAAGCCAGUAGGGGACUGUUUCAAAUGUGAUACAUUUGCUGAACUUCAAGAGCGCUUGGGCUGUAUUGACGGACGUGAGGCAACAAUGGAUUUGCUAAAGUCUUCCUCAAAAGGCCCUUCUGCCAACAAUGUCCCAGCUAAAUCACAACCGCAGAAAGAAACAGGGAAACAAACUGACACAAAAUCAUUAGUGCCAACACAGACAUUGAUGAAUCAGGGGUUUGCCUGCUGUCAGACCUCUGCUGGAGAAAAGCAACCAGAUGGUGCUUUCCCAGGAGACAGUUUCCAAAGAGAGGAUUCAGGCCUGUAUGACUGUGAAGAGUGCAGUGGAACCAGUUCCAGCGAGGAACUGCUGAAUCAAACUCUCAGUCUUAACAUGACCUCUCGAUCUGAGCUGCCUAAAACUGGAAAGUCAGAUGACAAGCGCUCUUGUCAGGACUUAAAUAAGGAUGCUCAGGGAAUGGUGGGCAGUUCCCCUGUACUUCAGCAGACAAGUAAACAUGAGAGUCCUAAAGCUUCUGAUUAUUUCAAGCCAGGCAAAAGGACCUCACCAGUUGGCAAAAGUUCCCCUUUAUCCCCUCCCUCCUCCUACUCUUCUUCACUCUCCUUGGCAACAAGUGUUAUAAUUGGUGAUGCCUUGCCUAAACGCCCUGCAGAAGACGUUAAAGAAAUGAAGGCCACCAUCACAGUAACUGUUCAACAGCCGCUGGACCUAACGGGUCAAGAUGAACUUGUCUUCUCUAUGGUGGAGGAGGUGACCAUCAGUGGAGCAUUGGACAGAGGGAGGACAGGUGGAAACAUUAUUUGUAUCAGAGACACCGCCCGAUCACAACCACAUGAGCAAAGCUCUCAACCAAUCAGGAUAAUCAGCAAUGUCACUGAGGAAACUCUACCUACAGGCUGCUCUAAUACAAACAAAAUCUCUGUGUCUCAAUCUGUACCUGCAGAGGCUAGCACUGAAGUGGCCCAGUAUCACUUCAGAAAGGAAAAGAGGGUUUUGCCUUCAUUUAUAAAUCCCAUUCUGAUUGAUAAAGACAUGGAUUGUGGAUUGCAUGUUGCGAGACAAAAAGAAAGUCCACAUUUUACAGGAGCCAAGCCACAUUCUGACCUCAGAGGAAAUAAUGGCAAAUGUCGAGAAGAUGGGAAGGCUCUUGAGAAGAGGAGUGGGGCUUUUGCUUCUGAUACACAUGCCAAAAGGUCUGAGAAAGUAUGCGACUCACAUUUGAGCCAAAGUCCUUUUGACCUAAUGUGCUUGGAAGAUUCAGCUUUCUGCGAUGAAACAGCAGAAAACAAAAUGUGUGGAAAGAGACCAAGGCAUUCAGACAAAAAACACCCCAUAGACAGGGACCAUAUUUACUCCACUAACACUCCAAAGGGCUCAGAGGGGGGAGAAAUCGGUUCCAGUCGUGUUGGGAAUGCCCCUAAGAGAAUUGGUGUUCCACCUGGUUGCCAGGAAACCGCCUCUGCCUCCUUUAAAACAGGUAGUUUGCCUAGAGGCUGGCAAAAUGCCAUCCACCAGGACAGUUACUAUGGUUUUCACAUGGCAGACAACCACAGAGACCCAAGGGGGGUGACAUCAUCCACCCCUUGUAGCCCAAGAGUAACUCUGGAGAGGAGGCAGGGCAGACAGCACUCCCCAGCGAACCACAGCACUUAUCUCUGCUCUCCUCGGAAAUAUGGAGCAGAGUACAAACAACAUGCAAGUAGAGCUCCCACGAAGAGUGUUGAAUCUUUGUUCGAGACCUCAAAUCUAAAAAUGAAACAUGAUAACAUGGGUUGGAGGCCAAAGUCACCCACUGAAGACAGUAGCAGGCUGUUUAGUGCCAAACUGGAGCAGCUGGCCACAAGGACUAAUUCCCUUGAAAGAAUCCCAAGAGACUUCCCAACUCUGGAAAGAAGCAGUCGUAACAGCUCCAUGAGCUCUAAGGGGAGCUCUAAGGGAAGUGUUGAAGGGGCUCAAAAUGGAGGUUAUAAAGGAAAUAAUGAGGGGGAUUGUGCUCUACCAAGGGCUAGCAGGAGCCCCAGGAAGAAUCCUCGGACUGACCAUAGUCAUUAUUUCUUUCCUUCUGAAAAGCCUGCAUCUCAAUCUGCUAGACAUACCCAUUCCAAACUCUCUGCUGUGGGGAAACUGAAGAUGUCCAGCCCAAAAGUCCGUCGACAGUCCGCCCCAAGCACCAAGAACCUCAGUCUCCCACAUAAAGGCCUGCAGGCGUCCAUCAACCGCAGCGCCAGUCUUUCUCCAGACAGUAAAACUGUUAGUUUUGAGCGGUCUUCCUCCUUUGUCUCCUCUCCCCCUCCAAUGUAUUUUCACUCCCUAAGUCGCACUCCAAGCCAGAGCUCCACAUGCUCGUCCACAAAAUCUGCCAUCCAGGGAUACGUCAAUGGCCGGAUCUCAGGCUUCUUUAAAGGAAGGGCCCCCAGCCCCACUUUAGGAGGACUGGACCAACUGACCGCACUUCCCUCGCCAUACUGUCAGGUGACUGCUCCCCGCACGCCAGAUCACACGAGCGGGCACGCGAGCGACACCACCAGUGUGUUGAGUGGAGAUUUGCCACCAGCUAUGGGGAAGACGUCCCUGAAUUUUUCUAACAGGAACAGUAUGGUGAGCAGUGGAUAUGGCAGCAUGCUGAGGGACAGUGAAGCCACAGGCAGCAAUAUGUCAAACAGAGAUUCUGUCAGCAACAGGAGCAGCUCGCUCCUCAGUGUGGCUCGAAGCAGCCGAGCAUCUCGGAGGAGAGGCAACACAGGUAAAACAUCUGGAAUAGAUGGUACUCAUCAGCGUCGCGUUUCCCAUGAUGCACCUCUGCCCCUAAGACGCUCGGCUAGCAGUCUCCAUUCUGGCUUGGUGGCUCGGGGAAUCCCAGAGGCCUACGAGAUCAAGGUCUAUGAGAUCGACAAUGUGCAGAGGAUGCAGAACAGAGCAGGUGCUGACAAACAGGGGCCUGCAUGCUUCAGUGCCAAGCUGAAGUUUUUGGAGCACCGUCAGCAGAGGAUCUCCGAGGUGCGAGCCAAAUACAACAACCUGAGGAGAGAGCUGGAGGGGGCCAAACACAACCUCAUGCUGGAGCCCGCAAAGUGGAACCAAGAAUGUCAGUGAAAUCAAUCUGUAUUUAAAGUGGACCUGUGGCAGACCUUCGAGGUGGACUCCCUGGAGCACCUGGAGGCCCUCGAGGUGGUGACGGCCCACCUCGAGGACAGACUCAACCACUGCAAGGCCAAAGUCAUGAUGGUCACCUGCUUCGAUGCCGGCACCAGGAGACGACAUAAGAGGCGACGACGAAAAACGCCUGAGCAGAGAGCCU